GUGAUCAAAGUAGUUACAUAGAAGUCAAGAUAGUUUAAUAUAUUAUAAUGUCUGAGGAACUAUAAUAGUAUGUUCCUAGAAGCGGUCUCCAUUGGAAUCAGGUAUACAACUCUUUUGAAAGCUAUCGGAACCAAAACUGAGAACCGGCUCCCGUUAGGGAACCACGGCCAAGAUGGUAGGCUAUAAGGGCGCCCAAACCCGGCCACCAAAGUUCAAGCCGGCGAUAAGAUAACGCGUGUGACUCAUAACUUCCGUCUCGAGAACACUCUUUAGCAAGUCAUGUCCUUCGCAUGCGGUAUCAAAUAGCCGAGUUGAUAUGGCAAGGACAAAGAUGGCAACUCAAAAGCCAGUUGUUCGAGUCGGUGUCGCCGCGAUCAUCCAGGACGUACAGGGACGACUUGUCCUCGGCAUUCGCAAAGGAUCUCAUGGCGAAGGACAAUGGCAAUUACCAGGCGGGCAUCUUGAGAUGGGGGAGAGCUACUUUGCGUGUGCUGAACGGGAGGCGCUGGAGGAGACAGGGCUUGUAGUCAAGGCCGACAAGUUCGGCGCCGUGACGAGCGACAUAUUCGGCCCUGAGAAGCAUUAUAUAACCCUCUUUGUGUCAUGUCGGAUGGUGAAAGAGGGACAAGAGCCUCGGGUCUUGGAACCCGAGAAAUGCGAGUGUUGGGAGUGGAAAUCCUGGGCUGACGUCAGGGCGCUUAUCGCGAGCGAGGAUGGGCGAACGAAAGUUUUUCUGCCUAUCGUAAACUUGCUCGAGGAUCAUCCUGACAUUGAGGCCCUGACCGAGGCGAGCCACUGACGCUGACUUUUGGGAGAUGGGGCGAUGUUAACUUCAACUUUGAAGACGCAGAAUUAGUUGACAAACCACAUCGAGACCUUUUACCGCCUCGCGUAGCAAUUAAGAGUACUGCUGGUUGGCGGGAAUGAUGC